CCCAUAAUCUCUCUCUCACACACAAUCACACGAUCGUGGUACAGCCCGUAAUCCCACACACACACACCUGAUCGAGGUACAGCCCAUAAUCUCUCUUUCUCACACACACACAUAAUCACACUUGAUCAUGGUACAGCCCGUAAUCCCACACACACACACACUGAUCGAGAUACAACCCAUUAUCUCAACACACACACACACCCCUAAUUGAGGUAGAAUUUAUAAUCUCUCUCUCUCUCACACACACACACACACACACACCUGAUCGAGGUACAGUUCAUAAUCUCUCACACACACCUGAUCAGAGUACAGCCCAUAAUCAAUAACUCACAAACAUGAUGUACAGCCCAAACAUGCACAUGAUCGAGGUUCAGCCGGAAAUCGCACAUAUAAACACACUCAGACCUGAUCCAGGACUAAGGAACACCAUUUUAAGAUGUUUCGCAAACCUAUCGACCAUCAAAGUCAGCAGAUGGCAGACUGGUGAGUUCAGUUCUCCACUAAGAAGAGAGAAGCGUGGAAAGCAGAGGCCCUUAGACCCCCAUUCUUCCGGUAAGAUGGAGGCGCGUUUGGAUGCAGCAGCCUCUCCGGGGCCAACCAAAGGUGCUCUUGUCUUUUUUACGAGUUCCACACAAUGCCUCAGGUACUGCAGAUCUACCCCGUCAGCGAGCUGCUCAUUGCCAGGAGAGCUGGAUUUGGUGUGGACCAUGUUGCUACCUGCUACAGAAAGGCUUUGGAGUCAGCAUGCAAGGGCGAUGUGCCGUCUAACGGAAUUCUGCAGACGCUGGAAAUUCAAGCAACACACAUCAAAGUUGCUGGUGAACGCAGCAGGCCAGGCAGCAUCUCUGGGAAGAGGUGCAGUCGACAUUUCCGGCCGAGACCCUUCGUCAGGACUAACUGAAGGAAGAAUGUUCCAGGGUUGAGCGAAGAGCCAAUGAAAUGACAUCUGCUGUGGACCUGUUCUGCCAGAAGGUAAAUUGAAACAGAUCCAAGUUGCUUCCUAGGCAGGAA